AACGGCGCUGCGGCGGCCGGGGGCCCUGCGGGGAGGCGGAGUCGCCUCGGCCGCAGCCGCUGCCCAGCUCGGGGAUUUGAAAGAUUAUAAAGUCCGGGCGGAGAGGGCGGCGGCGUCGGAUGCGCGUGUGGCGGAAGCGCCGGCGGCAUGAACUACCCGGGCCGCGGCGCCCCGCGGAGCCCCGAGCGUAACGGCCGCGGCGGCGGCGCGUGGGAGCUGGGCUCGGACGCGGCGGGCUCGUUCGGCGGCGGCGGCUGCUGCUUCGAGCACCAGCCGGGAGACGGGGUGCCGCUGGCGCUGCUGCACGCCGAGCCGCUGCACCUGGCGCCGCGCACCGACGACCUGAGCCACCUUGCCCUGGACUCGUGCCUCAGCGACGAGAACUACGACUUCAGCUCGGCCGAGUCGGGCUCGUCGCUGCGCUACUACAGCGAGGGCGAGAGCGCGGGCGGCGGCAGCUCGUCUUCGCCUCCGCCGCCGCUGGUCGCCCCGAACUCGGGGGGCGGCGGGGCUGCCGGAGGGGGCCCCGGGGACAGAAAGCGCGCCCGGCCCGGCAACGCCGCAGCCCGGCACCGCUACGAGGUAGUGACGGAGCUGGGCCCGGAGGAGGUUCGCUGGUUCUACAAGGAGGACAAGAAGACCUGGAAGCCCUUCAUCGGCUACGACUCUCUGCGCAUCGAGCUCGCCUUCCGGACCCUGCUGCAGACCACGGGCGCCCGUACUCGGGCGGAGGGCCGCGAUGGAGACCCGGUGUGCGGCCCGGCCUCCAGCUCCGGGGAGGAAGACGACGAGGACCGCGCCUGCGGCUUCUGCCCGCGCGCAGCGGGGCCCGAGCCCGAGAUGGAGGAGCUGGUGACCAUCGAGCCGGUGUGCGUGCGCGGAGGCCUCUACGAGGUGGACGUCACUCAAGGAGAGUGCUACCCGGUGUACUGGAACCAAGCUGAUAAAAUACCAGUAAUGCGUGGACAGUGGUUUAUUGAUGGAACUUGGCAGCCUCUAGAAGAAGAAGAAAGUAAUUUAAUUGAACAAGAACAUCUCAAUUGUUUUAGAGGUCAGCAGAUGCAAGAAAACUUUGAUAUAGAAGUAUCAAAACCCCUAGAUGGAAAAGACGGCAGUGGGAUCAACUAUUCUGUUGUCUACCACCUCCCCCCCUUCUCCCUCCCUUCUCUGUUCAAAUGGAGAGGAUAUAAGGAGAGCGCAGACGCCACAGGUCUUAAGCGAAAGCGUUCCCAAGCUGUUCAUAGUUUCAAACUGAGUCGAAAUCAUGUGGAUUGGCACAGCAUGGAUGAAGUGUAUCUCUACAGCGACGCAACAACAUCCAAAAUUGCAAGAACCGUUACCCAAAAACUGGGAUUUUCUAAAGCCUCCAGUAGUGGGACCAGACUUCAUAGAGGUUACGUAGAAGAAGCCACGCUGGAAGACAAGCCCUCGCAGACUUCUCAUAUCGUGUUUGUCGUGCAUGGCAUUGGACAGAAGAUGGACCAAGGAAGAAUUAUAAAAAACACAGCCAUGAUGAGAGAAGCUGCAAGAAAAAUAGAAGAAAAGCAUUUUUCCAACCAUGCGACGCAUGUUGAGUUCCUGCCUGUUGAGUGGCGGUCAAAGCUUACUCUUGAUGGAGACACUGUUGAUUCCAUUACUCCCGACAAAGUGCGAGGCUUGAGGGACAUGCUGAACAGUAGUGCGAUGGACAUAAUGUACUAUACUAGCCCGCUUUAUAGGGACGAGCUAGUUAAAGGCCUUCAGCAAGAGCUGAAUCGAUUAUAUUCCCUUUUCUGUUCUCGGAAUCCAGACUUUGAAGAAAAAGGGGGUAAAGUCUCAAUAGUAUCCCAUUCCUUGGGGUGUGUAAUUACUUAUGAUAUCAUGACGGGCUGGAAUCCAGUUCGACUCUAUGAGCAGCUGCUACAGAAAGAAGAAGAGCUGCCUGAUGAACGGUGGAGGAGCUACGAAGAGCGGCAUCUUCUUGAUGAACUCUAUAUAACGAAGCGACGGCUGAGGGAAAUAGAAGAAAGGCUACACGGACUGAAGGCGUCGUCCAUAACACAAACACCUGCCUUAAAAUUUAAGGUUGAGAAUUUCUUCUGUAUGGGAUCCCCACUAGCAGUUUUUCUGGCAUUGCGUGGCAUCAGACCAGGAAAUACUGGAAGUCAAGAUCACAUUUUACCUCGAGAGAUUUGUAACCGCUUACUAAAUAUUUUUCAUCCUACAGACCCAGUGGCCUACAGGCUAGAGCCGCUAAUUCUGAAGCACUACAGCAACAUUUCCCCGGUCCAGAUCCACUGGUACAACACCUCAAAUCCUCUACCUUAUGAACACAUGAAGCCAAACUUCCUCAACCCAGUAAAAGAACCUACCUCAGUCUCAGAGAGUGAAAGCAUUGCAAAUAUCCCGAGCCCCGUGACCUCCCCGGUCAUGUCACGGCGCCACUAUGGAGAAUCUAUAACUAACAUUGGCAAAGCAAGCAUAUUGGGGGCUGCUAGCAUUGGAAAGGGGCUUGGAGGAAUGUUGUUCUCGAGAUUCGGACGUUCUUCAACAUCACAGCCAUCUGAAACAUCUAAAGACACAGUGGAAGAUGAGAAGAAGCCUGUCGCUUCACCUGCUACUACCACCGUGGCGACACAGACCCUGCCACACAGCAGCUCCGGCUUCCUCGACUCUGCAUAUUUCAGACUUCAAGAAUCGUUCUUUUAUCUCCCACAACUUCUUUUUCCGGAAAAUGUAAUGCAGAGUAAAGAUGAUAGCCUCGUGGAGCUGGAGCACAGGAUUGACUUUGAACUCCGAGAAGGCCUUGUGGAGAGCCGCUACUGGUCAGCCGUCACGUCGCACACUGCCUACUGGUCAUCCUUGGACGUUGCUCUUUUUCUUUUAACAUUCAUGUACAAGCACGAGCGUGGUAACGACACAAAGCCCAGCCUGGAUCCAAUCUGAACUCUUGAAGGAUAUGAAUGGCCCAAUACUUUUUUUUUUCUGUUAAAAUGUGUCAAGAUAUGGAGAGUUCAAGGUUCCAGUUUUUUUUAGGGCAAGAAAUACUUUAAUUUAAAAGCACUUUAUUUUCAAAAGAGAACAAAAACACAUUUUCAGUUCUAAAGAAAUUAUUUACUGUUUCUGUAAUUUUGAUUGUGAGUCUAGCAAAGCCCCUGCAGAGAAUCAGCAGGCGUGGAAGUGUGGAGGGUUCAGGUGUGGGGAAAGCAGCCAUCUUUCCAUCGCAGCCCAGCUCUCCAGGAGUCUGAUACAGUGUAUUGACCUACAGAUGUUGUGACUCUAAGGUGGUCAGAGCUGAGUACAUUCUGUGUGAAGACCACAGGGUGGCAUCAUGGGGUUUGAUUUUGUGAAGGCUUCCAUGUCCACAGUUACUUUGAAAGAAGAAUAUAACAAAUUUAAAAUGUUCUAAAUUUAACUUGUUUUUUAAAAAAACAACUAAUGCUAAAAAGCAAUAUUUGAACUACUGUACUUAUAAUUUAUUACCUCUAGUUAUUUCAGCGUAUGAAACAUUACAUUUUUAAUGUUUCUUUUGAGCCACAUUUAUUUUGUAUCAUGUUGAGGCCCUUUCUUCUCAAUCCACCUUUGUCCCUUUAGAUGACCAGAUGAUGCUGUGGCAUACUUGCAGGUUUUGGGGGCUUUUGUUUGUUUUUGUUUUGUUUUUCAUUAAAAACAUGGUUUUACACAGUACUAGU